CAGUUCAAAUACUUCCAAGCCAAAAUGAAGAUUUUCUUACCCAUUCUUGGCCUAUUCCUGGCUGUCUUCUUCAGUUCGCAAGUCCCAACAACAUCAGCUCAGCUGUUCUACCCCAGCCCUUCAAGACUUUUCUGCAGAUAUUUUCCAAGUUUUAUUUUGUGCAGUAACAACAAUGACGACUCCAAUGGAUCUAACUCUGGCGGAUCAACAGAAUCGAGUGCAAGCAACUCAACAACUCCUACACCAUCGGCAAGCGCAGCUACAACUCCAACAAAUCGCUAGAUCGGUCUUCAGUUCUGCCAGUACCCUGGCUUUUUUUAAAAAUUAAAAUGCACUUUAUCUAUAAAUUUUUGCACGCUGGCAUGCCAAUUCCUUAAAUAAACAAUUUUAAAAGAUUUUA